AUGCAGAAUGGCCCCCCUCCACACGACAAUCCUACGGGCGAUCAGCAGGAUGGCAAAUCGACACUCUGGGAUCGCUUCGCUAGCCAGUUUCAUAUGAGACCGCCGGAGGAUGAUGAGCCUCAGUCUUGGUGGAUUGCUUCUACGGCUAUUCCGCUGGUUGCCGCUGCGGCGGGGCCGCUGGCCAACGUGAUGUCAAUUGUUGCGCUGGUCAUGCCAUGGAGGAGCCAUAUUACUUCCAGAACAACUAGUCCGGCUGGAAAUUGGUAUCAGGAGGGCUAUGCUGACCCUCACUGGAUCACGGCCUUUAACGCAGUUUCGCUUUUUUGUGGUGUUGUUGGCAAUAUUUUCUUGUUGUUGAAUUUCACUCAAACCGUGCGCUACAUCAUUGCUUUGCCGGUGACGAUUAUUAUGUGGUUUAUUGCGCCUGGUAUUCUGGCUGGGUUGACUGCAUCUCUUUCUAUUUACGCUCCCCCCAAUGGCACAGAUGAUGUAUACUCUCAGGCCUUUUGGAGUGCAGUAAUCGCGGCAAUCCUCUAUCUCUUACUGGGUGCUCUUCUCAUGAUAAACAUGCUAGGAUAUUUCCUUGGAAGAUAUCCACAGCAUUUUUCACUCACGGACGAUCAGCGCACUCUUAUCUUACAAAUGACCGCAUUUGUGGUUUGGCUGCUUAUAGGUGCCGCUUUCUUCCAGAAAGUACUCGACAUCUCAUUUGCAGAUGCCUUGUAUUUCUGCGACAUCACAGUCUUGACUUUGGGCUUUGGUGAUGUGACAGCUCAGACUUCCCUUGGAAGAGGUCUCGUUUGGCCGUAUGCCGUAUUCGGAAUUAUCAUGCUUGGUCUUGUUGUUGGAAGUAUCCAUCAAUUUGCCCGGGAGGUCCACUACGACAAUGUCGUCCGAAAGCACAUCGAACAGAGACGGCAGCAUACUUUCGAUCGCUCUGUCACCUUUGACGAGUUUACCUCAAACAAUGCCGAGAAAGUGCUCACUACAGAACUUGAUCGUCAAAAGACCCAGAUUAAUUAUCGCCCUCAGCAUAAGAAACACCAGCCGAUCCGGAACACUAUUCAUGCAUUGGCUGCAGAUCGACGACCUAAACUGCUGAUCAUGAGAGAAGAAAAGGAUCGAUUCGAUGCUAUGCGUGGCAUACAAUACGAAACUAUGCGUUUUCGUCGUUGGAACGAUUUAAUUAUCAGCAUAAUUGUCUUUGGAAUCGUGUGGAGCUGCGGAGCCGUUGUCUUCUGGACACUAGAGGACUGGACUUACUUUGAAGCUCUAUACUUUUGCUUCUGUUCAUUGCUCACCAUUGGAUACGGCGACUUCACUCCCCAGUCGAAUGCUGGACGGCCGUUUUUUGUGAUGUGGUCCCUUAUAGCCAUCCCAACCAUGACCAUGCUCAUCUCCCAGAUGAGUGAUACGGUUGUUUCUGCUUUCAAGCAUGGUACAGAGAAGUUUGCUGAAUAUUCCAUCAUGCCCGAGAGUGGAACUUACCGGUCUUGUUUCGCUCACAUACCUUUUACCCGAAGAUAUCUGGAAAGACGUCAAGAAAAGAAACGAUUGGAACGUGGAUUCGAAGUCGGUGCUGAUACAGGAGACACCGCCGAUCCGGAGAGUGGGGAGCCGGAGGCUGCAAAGGAGACCCCACGAGCCCCAUCUCGACGUACCAGCUCUGUCCCAACCUAUCCUACACGGACCAUUGAGGAACUUGCGCGCGUGACCCAUCCCUCGCCAUACGAACUGGCCCAACAACUUGCAUUCGCCAUUCGUCGCACUACUGAAGAUGUGUGCGAAGGAAAGCGCAAGCGGUACAACUACGAAGAAUGGGUGGAGUUUACUCGUCUCAUCCAAUUCACCAAUCCCCGGACCCGACCAUCUUCGGCCGAGGGAUCAUCAAGCCAACACCACAGUAAGGAAGAUACACUGGUCCUCGACGAAGAUGAGUUUGGGGUCCUGAACUGGGACUGGAUUGGCGAGAACAGCCCAAUGUUGGCGCACCAGACUGAACCAGAGUGGGUUUUAGACCGGCUUUGCGAGAGUUUGGUGCGCUAUGUGUCGACUCAAGAGCAAGCCCGCGCCAGAGAGCGAGGUCACGCGGAUGAUAUUGCAGAGGCAGCGACAUUGAGGAAGGAGAGAGACCUAGGUAUUGAGGACUCUUAA